AUGGCCGUAACGCCCGCAGACAUGCCCGUGCUGAACGAAAUCGACGAGUCAACCCCGCGAAGCCACAGACUGGUAGCUUCAGCACAUUUCAAUCAGAUCCAACGGUGGGGCAGCAUCCAAGACCCGGCACACUCGGACGAAGAGGACACACAAAAUCCGUUUGAGGACGUCUUGGCGAUCACUGGUUACCACGUGCGUCGCGCCACUUCUCAGAUCCUGGCGACCCAACCUUGGUGCUUGAUCGAGGUUCUUCGCUGUCGGCAGUGGGCCAGUACACCGUUUACCCUGCAAAGAUUGAAUCCUAGCGAGGCCGUUGUGAGCGCAUACGCUUUUCUUGUUGCAAGGCUGCAGCAUACAGUCUUUCACCACAACACCGGCGAUCUUGCACUAACGGACUGCACCCGCGCGCUUCAGAGCCUGCAAAGCGCAUUGUCGCAUUCUCGAUCUCGGCAGCAAGUCGAUCUGAUCCCAGCCGCAUGGCUACUAACCCUUAGUGAGAUGCUGGACUUUCCCAGCUCAAAAGUCUGGCAUACGCACGCUGCUGGAACUAUGGCCUUGAUCAAAACGGAGCUGUGUAGUCACGAGAAGGUAGACAAAGGCAGCCUAUCGCGCAUGAUGCCGUCUCUGCUAGAGGCUUUCCUCACCUCCGAAGCGGUUCUCACAUCGAACGAGCCCUGGCAGGCUAUCGUGCAGCCCGUCGUUGCAGGCUCCCUUGACGAUGAUGCUGAGUUCGUGGAAUACAUUGCAUCAUCGCUCGUAACCGUGUUGGCGCUCAUCGCGGAGAGCGGUGCAAGGAUGACCCACAACUUUACCAAUCUCUUGGACAUGAUGGAUCGUGCGAACAAAGCACGCUACAGCCUCAAGAACAUUGUCAUUGAACUAGUGGAUCUUGGUCUAGGCGACAGUGAUGUUCUAGGCCUUUGCCUGGCAGCACUACUGGGGCUCGACCGGCUGAUCUCAAGAUUGCGCCACGAGGCAUUUGCGCACGAUCUGGACUCGAGCUAUGAAGAAGACGAUACCCGACUAUGUGUGCAAAUAUUGCAAGAAGAGUUCAAAAGGAGUGAAGCUACCCCAGCUACAGACAUCCAACUUGCUUUCAAGCGGCACGCACCCAUGCUUGCGCCUCGAUCGUAA